AUGCUCACAGUGAAUCUGUCUGAAGAUCAACGCGAGGUACUCAGUCCAUCAUCCUCUACUACCGAAUCACAUGUUUCCCCUCAGGCCUUCGAAUCGUUGCAGUCAACGUACAAUGGUCACAGAAACAAGCAUCGCUCUGUGCUCGCUCAGCUCGGACUAGUGGAGCGCGAGAGGAAGAGGAAUACUCUGACUCUCAAUGAGCUGGAGGCGCUUCCAACCAACACCAACACCUACAAGGCCAUCGGCAAGAUGUUUCUCAUGGAGCCCUGUGACAAACUCAAGGCCGAGUUGGUGUCAGCAAACCAGGAGGGGGAGCAGAGCGCUAAGAAGUUGAGCGAGCAGAAGGCAGCGCUUGAGAACGCUCUGAGUGACUCAGAGCAGAAGAUCAAAGACUUUCUUGACACUCAUGGAACGAAGGAGGGAGGAGAGAAGCAAGAGUGA